AUGUCUUCCUUGAAACAAUUAAAAGAGAGCUUUGUGUCAGAUUUGACUGGUGGAUCAAUUGAAGAAAUCUACUUGGUGACGUCGGUGGCCCUAACAUCAUACCUAGCGUACAAGUUCAUCAAUGACUCAAUCACCCAAUUGCCUUUGAUUUAUGAUUACGUCAUUAACGUGUUGGCCAUACUUGCAGCCAUUACAAUUUACAGCAACAAUACUGCUUUUCUACAUUACUCAAUAUUUAUCCCGUCUUUGCUAAUUUACGUCCUCAAUCAUUAUACAAGCAAUGACAAGAUAAGAAAACACAGACCAUCAAACAAGCCAAAUGAUGACCUUUUGUCCCGAAAGCAGUUCCUCACUGCUUAUAGGUCGCACAUGUUGAUAAUUACCAAUUUAGCUAUUUUGGCAGUAGAUUUCAGAAUCUUCCCCAGAAGGUUUGCCAAGGUAGAGACGUGGGGUACUUCGAUGAUGGAUUUAGGAGUGGGAUCGUUUGUGUUUUCAAUGGGAUUGGUAAACUCGAGGCAAUUGAUCAAAGCUCAUUCCCUGUACAAGUUCAACUUGAAUGCCUACCUUAGAAUAAUAAAGCAAAGCACGGUCAAAGCACUACCCUUGUUAGUGUUGGGAUUGGCUAGGUUUGUCAGUGUAAAACAGCUAGAGUAUCAAGAGCAUGUCACCGAAUAUGGAAUUCACUGGAACUUUUUCAUAACUUUGGGAUUAUUGCCAGUUUUAUUAGGAGUCUUGGACCCAUUACUUAGCGUUUUACCGAGAGUAGUGGUUGCAUUUGCUUUAAUUGCAUUGAAUGAAUUAUUGUUAAAGAAGACGAAAGUGCUUCUGAUAAUUUUGUCUAGUGAAAACAGGAUGGAUAACUUGAUAACAAUGAAUAAGGAAGGCCUCUACUCGUUCAUGGGAUACUUUGCUAUAUUCGUAUUUGGCCAAUCGUUUGGAUCGUUUGUUCUAACUGAUUAUCCUACAAAGAACAAUUUGAUUUGCAUAAGCAAAACUAAAGUUUCUCGCAAAACUACCAAUUUCCUAUCUGUCCCCACAACACAAGGUUUGCUUAUAUCAACUGUAUUUUAUCAAGUUUUGUUCACGCUUGUACGAAAUUCUGAUAACUUUACAAGCAUUUCGAGGAGAUUGGCCAAUGCUUCGUACGUUUUGUGGGUGGUUUCCUACAACUCUGUGUUCUUGUUGGGUUACGACAUAAUAGACAAAUUGAUACCCGGGAAAACCAAGGCUGCUUCCGAAUUGUUGGAGGGAGUUAAUAACAAUGGGUUGUUUGCAUUUUUAUUGGGUAAUCUCUUGACUGGAUUGAUUAACAUGCUGAUCAACACGUUAGAAGUUUCCAAUACGGUUGCCUUUUUGAUUUUAAUUGGUUAUAGUGCCGUAUGGAUAUCUACAGCGAUAGUAUUGAAUCGCAAACACGUUUAUAUCAAGCUAUAG